AUGCUAUGUCAGAUGAGCAAGAUAUGCGAAGAUGGGGCGUUUGCCUCAUUGUUCCUUUUUACCUAUGCCAUGAUGCUCGUGGGCAGCUCAUCCUUAAUUGAAUUUCCUUUGCUAACAGGAUUUUAUUCCAUAGGCUGUGGUCCCGACCCGUGGUGGGGCUGGGGUCGCCGGUGGGUUGACGGGGAGAAAGGGAGUGUCCUCCGGUUGUUGGUCUGUGGGUGGCUGUUUGGAGAGGAGUUUGGUCAUUUGCGGUACCAGGUAGCCGCUUGCUUGAGUCUCUGGAUAAAUUCAUUUCUCCACUUCCACAACUUCCACACCACAACCCCGAAGGUUCUGUCCCAGUUCUCGUCUCCAACAUCAGACUUCGGCAAGAGGUUCGAAGCUACCCACGGGCCCAUCUGCUGCGCAAAGAAAGCGGCCUAG